GUUCAGCCUCAAUCCUUUGUUCAUCCAAAUGGCUAUGAACGCUCUUGCCGCCACAACUCGCAACUUCCGUCAGGCUUCUCGCAUUCUUGGGUUGGACUCAAGGAUUGAGAAGAGUCUUCUGAUACCAUUCAGAGAAAUCAAAGUGGAAUGCACAAUACCCAAAGAUGAUGGAAGUCUGGUGUCCUACAUUGGAUUCAGAGUGCAACAUGAUAAUGCCCGUGGACCCAUGAAAGGAGGGAUCAGAUACCAUCCUGAGGUUGAUCCUGAUGAGGUAAAUGCUCUGGCUCAACUAAUGACCUGGAAAACUGCCGUAGCAGACAUUCCUUAUGGUGGAGCUAAGGGUGGCAUUGGGUGUACUCCGAAGGAGUUAAGUACGAGUGAGUUGGAACGCCUCACUCGCGUCUUCACUCAAAAGAUUCACGAUCUUAUUGGGGUUAAUGUGGAUGUCCCUGCACCUGACAUGGGGACUAAUGCACAAACCAUGGCUUGGAUUUUGGAUGAAUAUUCUAAGUUUCAUGGUCAUUCACUAGCUGUCGUGACCGGAAAGCCAUUAGAUCUUGGUGGAUCCCUGGGGAGGGAGGCAGCAACAGGACGCGGUGUUGUUUUUGCCACAGAGGCUUUACUAGCUGAACAUGGAAAGUCGAUCAAGGGAUUGACAUUUUCCAUUCAGGGUUUUGGAAAUGUGGGGUCUUGGGCAGCAAGGCUCAUUCAUGAGAGAGGUGGUAAGGUGGUUGCUGUAAGUGACAUCACUGGAGCGAUUACGAACCCUAGUGGGAUUGAUAUACCAAAUUUGGUUAAUCAUAAGGAAGCAACAGGGAGCUUGAACAAUUUUGAUGGUGGAGACGCCAUGGAUCCGGAUGAAGUACUCGUAAGUGAAUGUGAUGUCCUAAUCCCAUGUGCUUUAGGAGGAGUUCUGAACAGAGAAAAUGCUGGGAAAGUGAGGGCCAAGUUCAUUGUAGAAGCGGCAAAUCAUCCUACUGAUCCAGAGGCAGAUGAGAUUCUAUCUAAGAAGGGGGUUAUAGUGCUACCUGAUAUAUAUGCAAAUUCUGGGGGUGUGACAGUCAGCUAUUUUGAGUGGGUUCAGAAUAUUCAAGGUUUCAUGUGGGAAGAAGAGAAGGUGAACAUGGAGCUUCAUAGGUAUAUGACAAAAGCUUUUCGCAACAUCAAAAACAUGUGCCAGACACACAACUGCAACCUCCGGAUGGGUGCCUUCACACUGGGAGUGAACCGUGUUGCUCGGGCUACAGUACUAAGGGGUUGGGAAGCAUGAUUAAGUUGCAGUCAAUUCUUUUUUAUUAUCAAAAUAAAUUACUUUGUUGCAGCUUGAUAGCCGUUUACUUCCAAUCAGAAGUUCCUUCCGUCCUCUGCUUUCGUCAUUUUAGGGAUUUUUCACAGAUGGUCAAGUGUAAUCCUGGAAUUUGUAGUAUUCAAAGGGGUCUGUAAAAUGUAAUUGUUCAGCUGUAUGAAUACCUGAGGAUUAGUCAAUUUCUGCUAUAGAAAUCAGAAAAUCACACGAUGAGUGCUUUUUUU